CUUUUCAUCAUUUGGCCACAAACAAACCCUAAAAAGUUCCAUCCUUUUGCAGCCAGUGAGUGAGUAGCGAUGGUGUCGCUGAAGCUACAGAAGAGGCUAUCUGCCAGCGUUCUCAAGUGUGGUCAAGGAAAGGUCUGGCUCGAUCCAAAUGAAACCAAUGAAAUCUCCAUGGCCAACUCUCGUCAGAACAUUAGGAAGUUGGUUAAGGAUGGAUUCAUCAUCAGGAAGCCGACCAAGAUUCACUCUCGAUCACGUGCUCGUAGAAUGAAUGAGGCCAAAAGGAAGGGCCGUCACUCUGGAUAUGGUAAACGUAAGGGUACCCGUGAGGCAAGGUUGCCAACAAAGAUCUUGUGGAUGAGGAGGAUGAGGGUACUUAGGCGAUUGCUUCGCAAGUACCGUGAGUCGAAGAAGAUUGACAAGCACAUGUAUCACGACAUGUACAUGAAGGUUAAGGGUAAUGUCUUCAAGAACAAGCGUGUGUUGAUGGAGAGCAUCCAUAAGUCCAAGGCUGAGAAGGCUAGAGAGAAGACUUUGUCUGACCAGUUUGAAGCUAAGAGAGCUAAGAACAAGGCUAGCAGGGAAAGGAAGCUAGCUCGUAGGGAGGAGCGUCUAGCUAAGGGACCACAAGAGAAAGUACCCGCACCAGCCGCUGCUCCACCAGCACAACCUGCACAGCCAUCAAAGAAGUCAAAGAAAUGAGAUCUACAUGGAAAUGUCGGAGAUUAAGAAAGUUGAUAAUGUUAUGGAUCUUGAAGUUUUGUUCUUUGACCUGCUGCUCUGUUUCGUUUUAUUUGUAAACGGUUUUAUUAAUGGGAUUAAACAUCAUGACAUGAAGUUUUUAUUCAUAGUUUGUUGGUUGCUUGUGUU